AUGGACUUCGACGGUGCUUUACAGCAGGUUGGAGAAUUUGGUCGUUACCAAAGAAAACUGUUUUUCUUAAUAGCGAUAUCAGCUUUCCCAUGUAGCUUUCAGAUGCUUGUUCUUGUAUUCACCGCAGCGACACCAAAAUGGAUUUGCCCAGAAGAUCUCAACGCAAACUUAAAACACUGCAAGUCGCUUGAAAGUUGUUGUGAUCUUGAUGGUAGUGCCUGCCAAGGAGCUUCUUUUAUUACAAAUUUCACAUCGAUUGCGACAGAGUGGAGUCUCCUUUGUGGGCAAACGUACAAAAAUGAACUUGCUCAGUCCAUAUUUAUGGCAGGUACACUUAUUGGAGCACCUUUGAUCGGCGGAUUAGCCGAUAAACAUGGCCGCCGAAAGCUUUGGCUUGUUGGUUAUUUUCUAGCUGGCGGCUUUGCCGUUCUCUCUGGAUUUUCUCCGUCAUAUUACGUUUUCGUGGCGCUAAGAUUUCUUGUUGGUAUAUUUGCUGGAGGAGCAGGACUGAUUAUAUAUGUUUUGGCAACUGAAUCAAUUGGCCCAUCUUACAGAGGUAAAUCAUUCUGGCGUGGUUACUAAGUCAAUAAUAGGGGCUCGUACAACUUCAUGGCGUUAGUAGGGCUUAUAAAUUAGAAUUCUUAUAACCGGACUAAGAAAAGUGUUUCAAAACAAGGUAUUUGAAUCUGAUGGCUUUGUUUAAGUGUAGAAGGUUGAAUUUGUUUCAAUACAAGCCAGGGGAGGGGGUUGGGGAAGCGGGGGGCUAAUAGCCAGAGGUUAACAAUAUAUCCACACUAUGUGCUGAUCGAUACUUUGGCAGCAAGGAAAUCCAUCUGGUGUUACUUGAACCACCCCCCAAAAUCGCUAAUAGCAAUACAGCCAGGUGCAAAGAAGGCCAGUUUUGCAGCUUGCCCAAAGCUAGCCAAAAAAUGAGCGGGAUUGAUUACAGUACUUUUGUAUUUUGAAUCCCCCCCCCACCCAAAAAAAAAAAUUCACUUGGUUGUUGGGCAGGUUAAGAACACCACUGAUGUAAAUUCUCUAUUUUCUCUAUCUUCAGGUUUUGCUGGAACCAUGAUGCAAGUAUUUUUUGCACUUUCCAUGGCUCUUCUUGGAUUCUUGGCAUACCUUAUACAAGACUGGCGAAAUUUGACCAUAGCUACAUCCCUUCCUACCAUUUUUGCUCUUUUAAUCAUAAACCAUGUUCCAGAAUCUCCAAGAUGGUUAGCAUCUCAAGGAAAGUAUGAUGAAGCAGAAGCUAUCUUGCUGAAAAUGGCCAAAGAAAAUGGUGGUAUAAGCAAACCUGUGUCACUGAGACGAUCAAAGCUGACCUCUAAAGCUGGCAUUCCUGUGCAAAGCUAUGGAAUUUUGGACUUGUUUACAAACAGAAGAACUUGUUCAUUAACAGUGAUCAUGAUGAUUAGUUGGUUUGUAAACAGCCAUGUUUAUUAUGGCCUAUCACUAAAUGUUAAAAAUCUUGGGGGCAACAUGUAUGUCAAUUUUAUUCUGGCUGGUCUAGUAGAAAUCCCGUCAUAUAUCUUAACAGUAUUUCUUCUUAACUGGUCAGGUCGUCGAAAAUCAUUGUUCUACUUUAUGAUUGGUGCUGCCACAUCGUGCUAUGUAUGUAUGAAACUACAGCAACAAGAAGCAACUAAUUUGGCAUGGCUUUCUGUCUCUGCUAUGUUUGGGAAAUUUUGUAUCUCUGCAUCCUUUGCAGUAGUUUAUGUUUAUGCUGCAGAACUUUUCCCAACUGUGAUCCGUAAUGUUGGAAUGGGUGUGGCGACUGUUGCAUCGCGUGUUGGUGGAAUUUUAUGCCCAUUUGUUGUUUUAAUGGGAGAGCAAAGUAGAUCAUUACCCAUGUUUAUAUUUGCUUGUAUGUCAUUAGCGGCAGCACUAGUAGGUCUAAAGUUGCCAGAAACAAAAGGACAUCCAAUGCCUGAAACAAUGGAAGAUUUAGAGAGAUUAGAACAUGAUUUUGAUAAAACUGUUAAAACUUAA